AUGCAGACUGACCGUACUUUUUUGGAUCUGUUUUGGGGAUUAUCAGCUAGAGAUGAAAACCAAAGAAUAGAAGCGUCUAACAAGCUGGUAGAUUUGUUAAGUAGUAAAACGGGUGAAGUGAAAACCACUUACUUCACGUAUACAAGGCAAAGGCUUGUUAAAGGCCUAAAGUCGUUUGAUGAGUAUACGAGGUCUAGCUAUGAGCACUGUCUUAUACGUUACCUCAAAGAUUUUCCAACAGAAACCUCAACUAAAGAACUAGAGGAAUCCAUGAGUGUUCAAGUUUUCGCCUCAGAGCCGUCCACGCAAAAUGAACGUUCGUCUGUGAAAUCAGCGUACUUAUCAUGCACAAGAGUGCUUUGUGCAUCUGGAAGAAUAAAGGAGAUUGAUGAAGAGUUCGCUAAAGUAUUGCUUCAAUCUAUUAUCCUGUUGACGAAAUCCAUUCAUCAUAGAGCUGCUGCAUAUUUAGCAAUAUCGGAAAUGAGUCUUCAAGCACCUAAACAUUUAAUCGCAAAAUUGAGUUGUUUUUUAAAAGAAACAUGGCAAAACCUCAUGUCUUCAAACUCGGAUAUCACCGGAGAACUCUUGCUUGUCAUUCUGUCAUUUCAGCAUCGGUUUCAGAAACGUCUUCAAAAGCUAGAUAUUCCAGCGUUCAAAUUAUCUGAGAAACAGUAUCGUAGGAAGCUCUUAUUCGGAAUUCUUCAUUCUCACGACACCAUUGUGAUGCGGUUAAUCGAUGAAGUCUUAAAGCGCGAUAUCCUGAGCACUGUUUGGAAUUCUGUCAAAGCUACCUUAUGUUCUAAAGCCAAUAAAGCCAAAAAUACUUUCCGAUUUCUGCAAAUUGCCGUUCACAUUAUUUGUAAUGAUACGGAAAAGUUUGAUUUCGUCUUAUCUAGUGAAGUCUUUGAGGGUUUCAGCAAGCAGUUAUCAGAUUGCAAGUACAGUUAUUUCCCUCAAGUCUCCCAUUUACUAGGAGUGAUGAUGGACAAGAUUAUUGGUUCCACAAAUGUUGACGAAACUCUCCAGAAAUCUGCGGUUUCUAUGUCUCCGGACCGGCUGUUGAAAUCGAUUGCUUUAAAUUACCCACUAUUUGACUUUUUUUGCGACUCUAGCUCCCCUAAGCCAUGUCAGAUUAUUUUUGAUUCUGCACCAUCGUCACUAUCGUUAGAUACUCUUCAGGUGUAUGUUAAACAGUUAACAAGUGCUUUUAUCAAUGCUGAGGUUCAAUAUUCAAACAAAAAUGUGCGCAACAUACGUGGCUUAAAGAAUCCAAAUCAAAUCCAAUCAGUUGACUUAAAUCAUGAUGCUAUUCAAUGUUUCGUAAUUAAGCACUUGCAGAUAGUUGUAAACACAAUCCUAAAAUUCAGAUACACGGAAGGAACUGAAUUGCUCAGUCAGAUUCUGGAGUUCCUACUAACUAUUGGUAUGACUUAUUCAUUGAAGGUUGAUAACACCGCUUUGAAGACACCGAUCUCAACAAAUGUUGCUAAGUUUUGCUGGAGUGUUUUAUUCGGGAUAUUAGAUUGUAUGGUAUUGCAAGCAGUUACGAUCAACAAACACUCUGGUCAGGAGACUAUCAAGAACAUUACAAAUAUGGACAUAAUUAGACAUUGUGUAUCCCUACUUAAAAAUGCCAUCCCACAAUGUACUAGGGCUAUGUCCACACAUUCUUCUAACACAGAUAUUAGUCUUUGUCUGGAUUCGUCGAAACAAUGCCUUAAGCUUCUCCAAAAAGUGGAUUCUGAGGAUCAGUUGGAUCAGUACAUACUGUUAAUGUGCGGAGCUGUUUCUGUUUUUUCUCUCUCCAUGCCGAUCGAAGACACGUUUGAAAUCCUGAACGAUUUGGCUGAAUGCAGAAAACGGCGUCUAGAUAAUAAUAUAUUUGAAGGUCCCCACUGGUCGGAAGUGCUUACUGAUGUGAUUCUAAGUGCCCUUUCCUUUCCUGUCCACAUGUUGCGCUCUGUCACCCGUCUAACAUUUAAGAAAAUGGUUUUGGAAAAGGCAUUUAUAAGUACCAUUAAUUCAGGUGAAGAAUAUCCUUCUUGCCUAAAACUAAUUGGUGAUAUACUCAAGACACGGUCAUCCAAACAAGCUGACCGUGCAAAGCACGAUGAAGACGAAGAUGACGACUCAGAAACAGAAGAUUUAGUUCAUUUUUCGUUGUUUAAUUCGACAAAGUUAAUACAGUCUAAGGAGUUGUCUAUGCAAACCGAUGAUUUUGAAAACGAAACCGUCUCAGUUGAAAAUGAAGAAAAAAUUGCUAAUCAAGAAAGAAACUCACAAGAUACCUCAGAUGAUUCAGACUCUGAUGCAGUUGAAGAAGAGAUUGAUAUUGAUGAAGAUGAACUUAAUCAAAUUAAAAAUAGUGUACGUGAUGCACUUGGUCCAGCUGCAUUAGAUAGUGAAAAUAACGAUAACGAUUGCCGGGACUUCACAGAUGCUGAGAUGUUUGAACGUGAUGAAGCUUUGGCAGCUGCAUUUCGUAUUCAUAUGCGUAAGCCUCAACGAAUAGUUGCUGAUCAAGCUCGUUCAGUUGGUGAAUUGAAAAUGAAAUGUUUCGAUUUGAUUGAAUGUAUUCUACAGUAUAGUUCUGAGCCUCAACUUGUUUUGCCUGCUCUUGAUCUUGUGCUUGAUAUUGGCAAAGGAUCCAUUGAAUAUGAAACAGCCAAAUCACGAAAUGAUUUAAGCUCAAAUAGAAAAAUCAACCAGAAACAAAAGAGAAAAACAAGUUUUAUUGCUAAAUAUGGUGACAUACCUCCACUGUCAAGUAUAAUACUUGUUGUGAGAAAAUGGCGUUUCAGGUCGCAAAAAACUCAGUCCGAAUUUAUAGAAUCUCUCAAGAACCUUGAUCAACAUGUUUAUUUGAAAAAAAUUAUGCAAUCUCUUAUAGAUGCAGCCAAAACAACGGAUAGAACUCAACUGUUUACAGAAUUGUUAUCCAACAUUAUAGAAUUUAUUUAUCGAAGUAUGAAACCGUUGAAAGCAGAAUUUCCCGAUUUGGAAUCACCAUUGUCUAAUUAUUUAUUAGAACAACUCCAUGAAGUUUUAAGUAAUACUAACCAUCAAUCUACACUAUUCCUUAAUCUUCUAAGUCACUGCCAAACAUUUGCACACAAGGCCUCAAAAUUGCUUGUCGAAACUACUGUGAAAGCAUGCGAAAAAAUAAUCGAUAGUUUAGAUGAUAUUCGCGAGGUUAAAAUUAAUGGUUUUGAAAGUUGUAAUCUCGUUAAUUUGUUCCAAAUAGUUACUCAUAUGUUCAAGUCAAAUAAAAAUGAGUUAAAAGCUAAGAAAAUAUCAAGGAAACUCAGUGUCAAACUAGCUGAAGUGUUGCAAACAGCAGAGAAAGCUAGCCAAUGUUCAGUGAACAACAACGUCUGGUACAAUCGUCUCAAAUUAUCUUUGGCCUUGUUCGAACUACUUAUGUGUAUUGUAAAACUUGAUGAAAAUGCUUCGUCUACGUUUCUUCAAGAUCACAUUGUUAAACUUCUAGAGAAAUUUCCAUCAACACAAAAACCUAUCAGAUCUGCAGCACGACGCUUUUUAAACUUGUUGAAAGAGAACAAUCGUAAAUCUGGCAUAUUUAAUGAAUCUGAAAGUCGACAAGAAAAAUUGCGUCUUAAAAUGGAACGCAAGAAAGAACGUCAACAAAAGCGUAAAGAAAAAGCCUUAAUGAAAAGGAAACCGGCGAAUAAAGCAACUGAACCAAAACGAAAUGAAGUCAACGCAAAAAAGAAAUCUCUUAAGAAGAACGCUAAUAAAUCUAAGUCAACGAUUAAAACAGUGCCUUCACCAAAGAACAGCCAAAAAGUGCGUGUUCUGAAACGAAAAUGUCAACCAGAUAUCAAAAAUGACAAUAAAAAGAGAAAAGUUACUGAGGAUUGA